GUAAAAGAAAAUUUACUGAGAAACUAGUCAACACCUGUCUCUGGCUUUCGAAGAGAGAAAUCGGAGAUGUCAUCGCAUACUAACGAUCCCCGUCAGCCAUCGGCGGCGAGACCCUACGUGGCACCGCAGAUUGCACCGCAGGACCUGCCGAUCGAUUACGCCGGAUUCAUCGCCGUCAUAUUUGGCGUCGGCGGCGUUAUGUUUAGGUACAAACUGAGCUCCUGGCUGGCACUCAUAUUCUGCGCGCAAUCCGUAGCGAACAUGCGGAAUGUCGAGAACGAUCUCAAACAAGUUAUGAUGGCUAUGAUGUAUUCCUAUCAAGUAACAAUGUUCUUGUGUAUGGACUGUUAAAAAGUAACCAAUAUUAUAUAUGGUUUGUAAUGUCCCUGAAACUUUCUGAAGCAUGUUUCAACUCUUACAAGGUUUUUCUCUUUUAUUCUGCUUGUAUCUGUUGUACUGCGUGCAAGUUCUUCAUGUUCUUACUAUAAACCCUGAUGUCUCAAUUAUGUAACAUUUAAGGCUUAUACAACUAAAGAUUGACUUAAAAAAUGGCUGGCCCUUGAAUUUGUUUCCUAAGUUUGAGACUUCUCUCAUGACAUGGCUAAAUACCUAGCAACACAGAACAAUAGUUAGAGAUGGAGAGCACAUGUUUAAGGGGGUAUUUGAAGUACAUAGAGAUUUUGGACGGAAAUGUCGAAGUAUAAGACAGGUAACUUUACAUCUGGAUAAAUGAGUAUAUAUGGAUAGCGUUUACUAGUUUUAGGAAUGUUUUUCAGAAUUCAAAUAAUGGGAGAAAGAAUGUCCGGUAUAAAGAAGUGGGGACUGAGCCAAUAGUCGGGUAGAAAAUUACUUGCAUUCCCAUGUCAUGGUAAAACUGCAUAUCAUUCCAUUAUGACAGGGUUAAAAGUCAAUGAAAACAUGAGAAUGGUACUUUUGGAGAAAGGAAAAAUGCCCCAAAGAUGUUGUGAAAACUCGUUUAAAAUAUUGAGGAUGUUGUGUUGUUUGCUUUUUUGGAGAAUAGUUUAACAUUCUUUGGAAUAAAUGCAACCAUAGAGCUUAGGAAAGUGGUAGGAUAGUAAUGUCAUUUUGCUUUUCUUUGGAGCUAGCAUUAGAUGGAUGUGUCGUCAUAGUUGUGGUUCAUCAAUUAGGCUUAUAGGUUCAAGUCUCCUUAAAACUCUAUGGACAGGAAAUCCUCUUCAAGAUAGGUCCAGGAAAAUAAUCUGUAAUAUGUUAUUGAAAAAUGUUAAAUUGUUGUUUACUGAGUUAUUUUACGUUGACAAAAAACUGCUAAAGUUUGAUAACUUGUUCCCGCACAAAAAAUACAUUGCAUAAUAACCUUUUUUGUUCUGUUUGGAUUUUUCAAUGCACACAUAGAAUAGAGGCAAAGGUUUUGGAUAUAUAUAUUUUAUGAUAAGAAUUUUGCCUGUAAGAAUGGUGAAUCUAAUCUUCUAUACCACCAUACUAAUAUACUAAACACAACAGUUUGGUUACUUGCACCUUUUUAGAAGUAUAUGAUUUGGGUAUGGCUGAAAUUCUCCAAAGGUUUAACUUGCUGUAGUAUUCUAAAAAGCAAGUGAUAGUAUAUUAGCAGUUACAUGCACACAUAGAAAGACAUGUGAUUUGCAGCAUUUUAUUUUUCUUCAUUCUUCUGUGGCAACGUGAACAUAAAAUAGUUUGUCCUCAAUUCCCAUCUAUUAUAAAUUUCGACAGGUUUUCCUGAGUUUUAAAUUAUUGACUUGAUGUUAAUCUGAACCUCAGGUUUUCUCUAAUGGGAUUGAUAACAAACUACUUUGGACCUCCCAGACCCGGCAAACAAAGCUGAAAUCUCAAGAUUUUGAGG